GUUUUUAUAAAUACAAUUAUCUGACUUACGAAUUGCAGUGCUAUUUUGACCUUUCGCUAUCUGGAUCUAGGGUUUCUCUUCUUGACGACUCCUUGUUUUUCAUCAUCAUCAUCAAUAUCACCAAACCCUAGCUUUACCGCCACAAUUCAGAUAAAAAAACCGAUUUCUAUUUGUAAAGGCUGGAUCACCAAUCACGGAUCUAAGAUCUUCUACUUGAAAAUAACCCCUAAUUUUUUUUAUUUGAUUUUUGUUCUCCGAGGAUCAGUGAUUUAAAAGCAAAAAUGGGAUUAUAUUAAGUUUGUUUUUGACGACGACGUUGAUUUUGAAAGAAAAUCAAAGAAAUCGAUGAUGUGUUUAUUGAAUGGAACUUUGAUGACAAAUCAAAGGAGGGGAUAAAACUUUCAGGGUUUUUUGGAUGGUUUUCGGCCGGUGAGGGAAAAUGUAUAAGUCGGUGGUGUAUAAAGGUGAAGAGUUACUUGGGGAGGUAGAAAUAUACCCAGAAGAGAACGAGAACAAGAACAAGAACAAGAAUUUGGUUGAUGAGUUGAAGGAAAUCAGAAUAAGCUAUUUUUCGCAAUCAAGUGAGAGAUGUCCACCAGUGGCAGUGCUUCAUACCAUAAGCUCUCAUGGUGUUUGCUUCAAAAUGGAGUCAAAGACCUCGCAGUCUCAGGACACGCCGCUCUUUCUUUUGCACUCCUCGUGUGUCAUGGAGAACAAGACUGCAGUAAUGCCGCUAGGAGGGGAGGAGCUCCAUUUGGUUGCCAUGCGCUCCAGGAAUGGUGAUAAAAGGUAUCCAUGUUUCUGGGGAUUCAGUGUUGCACCAGGACUCUACAAUUCUUGCCUUGUCAUGCUGAACCUUAGAUGUCUUGGCAUUGUGUUUGAUCUUGAUGAAACACUCAUUGUUGCAAAUACAAUGCGCUCGUUUGAGGAUCGAAUUGAGGCCCUACAGAGGAAGAUAAGCAGUGAGGUAGACCCACAACGCAUUUCUGGCAUGCUUGCAGAGAUCAAGCGAUAUCAAGAUGACAAGUUUAUAUUGAAGCAGUAUGCUGAAAAUGAUCAAGUUGUUGAAAACGGGAGGGUGAUCAAAACUCAAUCUGAGGCUGUUCCAGCCUUGUCCGAUAAUCAUCAACCUAUUAUUCGGCCACUUAUAAGGUUACACGAGAAAAACAUUAUACUGACUCGCAUUAAUCCACAGAUUCGUGAUACAAGUGUUCUCGUGAGGUUGAGACCUGCAUGGGAGGAUCUUCGGAGUUACUUGACUGCAAGAGGGCGCAAGCGCUUUGAGGUUUAUGUUUGCACAAUGGCUGAAAGGGAUUAUGCUUUAGAAAUGUGGAGGCUUCUGGAUCCUGAUUCAAAUCUGAUAAACUCGAACAAAUUAUUGGAUCGCAUUGUGUGUGUCAAGUCUGGUUCAAGGAAGUCGUUGUUCAAUGUCUUCCAAGAAAGCUUAUGCCAUCCUAAGAUGGCAUUGGUAAUUGAUGAUCGCUUGAAAGUGUGGGAUGACAGAGAUCAACCUCGGGUGCAUGUUGUUCCUGCAUUUGCGCCAUACUAUGCUCCUCAAGCUGAGGCAAAUAAUGCCGUUCCUGUCCUGUGUGUUGCAAGAAAUGUUGCCUGCAAUGUCAGAGGUGGAUUUUUUAGAGAAUUUGAUGACAGUCUUCUACAAAAGAUUCCUGAAGUUUUCUAUGAAGACGAUAUUAAAGAUGUCCCUUCUCCUGAUGUGAGCAAUUAUCUAGUUUCAGAGGAUGAUUCUUCUGCUUUAAAUGGAAACAGGGACCCUCUUCCUUUUGAUGGCAUAACAGAUGUUGAGGUUGAAAGAAGAAUGAAGGAAGCAACCCCAGCUGCUUCAAUGGUAUCUUCAGUUUUCACUAGCAUAGAUCCAAGGCUUGCUCCUCUUCAGUACACAGUGCCUCCUUCUAGCACACUUUCACUGCCAACAACUCAGCCAUCAGUGAUGUCUUUUCCUAGUAUACAGUUCCCUCAGGCAGCUUCACUGGUUAAACCUUUGGGUCAUGUUGGCUCUGCAGAACCAAGCUUGCAAAGUUCUCCUGCUAGAGAGGAGGGUGAGGUACCUGAAUCGGAAUUAGACCCUGAUACAAGGCGGAGGCUGCUGAUUUUGCAGCAUGGCCAAGAUACAAGAGAUCAACCACCAAGUGAGCCUCCAUUUCCUGUAAGACCUCCAAUGCAAGCCUCUGUUCCACGAGCGCAAUCACGUCCAGGCUGGUUUCCAGUGGAGGAAGAGAUGAGCCCACGGCAACUGAGCCGGAUGGUACCCAAAGAUCUUCCUUUAGAUCCAGAAACAGUCCAGAUUGAGAAGCAUCGACCUCAUCACUCGUCUUUUUUCCCUAAGGUUGAGAAUUCGAUUCCAUCUGAUAGAAUUCUUCAAGAAAACCAGAGAUUGCCAAAAGAGGCAUUUCAUAGAGAUGAUCGGUUGAGAUUCAACCAUGCAUUGUCUGGUUAUCAUUCAUUGUCAGGUGAGGAGAUUCCCUUAAGUCGAUCCUCUUCCAGCAACAGAGAUGUUGACUUUGAAUCUGGACGAGCUAUAUCAAAUGCAGAAACUCCUGCUGGAGUUUUACAGGAAAUUGCAAUGAAGUGUGGAGCCAAGGUGGAGUUUAGGCCAGCUUUGGUUGCUGGUACGGAACUGCAGUUUUAUGUUGAGGCUUGGUUUGCUGGAGAGAAAAUUGGUGAAGGAAGUGGUAAAACGAGAAGGGAAGCUCAUUACCAGGCUGCUGAGGGUUCUCUAAAAAAUUUAGCCAAUAUAUACCUUUCCCGUGUCAAGCCUGAUUCUGUGUCCGUUCAUGGGGAUAUGAACAAGUUUCCUAAUGUUAACAGCAAUGGUUUUGCCGGUAAUUUGAAUUCUUUUGGGAUCCAGCCAUUUCCCAAAGAGGAGUCCCUGUCUUCUUCAACUUCAUCAGAGCCUUCUAGGCCACUAGAUCCUAGGCUGGAAGGCUCUAAAAAGUCAAUGAGUUCAGUGUCUACACUCAAAGAACUUUGUAUGAUGGAGGGCCUUGGUGUAGUUUUCCAACCACGACCUCCACCUUCAACUAAUUCAGUCGAGAAAGAUGAAGUUCAUGUACAGGUUGAAAUAGAUGGAGAGGUUUUGGGGAAGGGAAUUGGAUUGACGUGGGAUGAGGCUAAGAUGCAGGCUGCUGAAAAGGCGCUCGGAAGUCUAACAUCAACGCUAUAUGCUCAAAAACGUCAGGGUUCUCCAAGGUCUUUGCAAGGGAUGUCCAGUAAACGUAUGAAGCAGGAGUUUCCACAAGUUUUGCAACGAAUGCCCUCUUCUGCUAGAUAUCCGAAAAAUGCUCCACCAGUUCCCUGAAAGUCAUACCACCAUUUCAUCCCAAUUUGGUAUAACUACUGAUGUGACAUGCCUGCAGUACAUAUUAUAGAGAAUGGUUAGGACCAUGGAGAUUCAGAAGUGCCAAAUGGCCCUAACCUCUUACAACAUGUGGGCUGAAGAAGUCAUGUGGACGAGAUUGAGCUUGCAGCUUCAUUUAAGAUUCUUGUGAAAGAACGGGGAGGUGCUUCCGGGCAAUAAAGUCCUAACAUUCUUGGGGUUUUCUGUCAUUGUUGUAACUUGUAACAGUUCCCCCUCCCCAACACCAAAUGCUUUUAAGCCAUCCUCGCAAGUUUUGGGAAGGCGAUGCCGCCUUGUAACUCCACUUUUUUUGUGUGGUUGAUGACAGAUUCCUUCCAAGACCAUUGAAAGAGCUUAUGUGGGUCUGGAGAUUUGUGACACACUAUUGAUGUUUAUAUAGCAGAAGUAGAAAGAAAUAUGGCUUGGACAGCAGCUUUCGGCUAUGCUCAGAGUCACGGCUACGCAUAAUAGUCACGGCACACACUAACCAUUGACAGUAGUUACUGUAGUCCAAUUGCCAGUUUUCUUUCAGUGCCCAUCUCUGUGGGAAUUGGCAAUAUUAUAAUGUGUCAAUUCUGGAUUGUCACCUGAGGUGGAACUGUUUAGUGAUGUAAAUUGAGACAAUGUAAUACCCUUUUCACUUGUUAUAUUUGAUGGAGUGGAAAUUUUUCAACACAUUUA